GAAAGGCGAAAGACCGAGCGAAAAGUCCUUCCAGCCAGAGCCUCGAGCAUGCCUGGCCGCGAGAGUCCAGCCGAGAAAUUAACCGAGGAGAGCGAAGGUCGAGAAGUCGAGGUCGAGAUGUCACUGUCGACGGUGCUCCGCUACCUGAUCGAGGUGCCCAAAGGGUUAGGCAAGAUCGUCGGUUUCAGCUGCAUCCUCCCCUGCCUGACGAAGGCGCUGGGGGUCGAGCGGGUGCAACAGAUGGCCGAGUCGAAGCUGGACCCCGAGAUGCCGUCGAAGGCGAGGGAGAAGAUGCUGUCGGCCUUGACCACGCCCAACGAGGUCGCGACGCUAAAGGAGAGGUCAAAGUUCAUCUGGGAAAACGCGCUACGGGAGGCCAGGAUUCAGGCCGAGCUGGAUAGGAUAGCACCAGAUCCUUCGGUUUUGAAACUCGAAGGAAGGAACGUGUGUGGACUCCUGGACAGCGCCUCUCCCUCGCGACCUUUCGUCAUGAAUUUCGGGUCAUGCACGUGACCUACGUUCAUGGCCAGCUUGGAGCGGUUCCAUGAGAUGACUGAGGACUACUCCGAGCUGGCAGACUUCGCCCUCGUGUACACCGCGGAGGCACACCCCAUCGACGGAUAUUUUCUCAAAGACAACUUGCAGAUUCCGAAGCAUAAGACGCUGGAAGAACGUUACAAAGCCGC